CGACCACACCUUUGGGCGAGUCUACAUGACACGGUACCGGCCACGAUCUCACUCACAGUACUCGCAACUCGCAGCUCUCGAGUCUUGCUCUGUCGUGUCGAUAGUAUACUUGCGGUAUCCUUUUGCCGAUCAACGAUCACCUAUUACGUUGGUUACUUUCUGUUCUUAAAAGAUAAAUCAACAGACUAAACAUGUGUGACGAAGAAGUUGCCGCACUCGUAGUUGAUAAUGGCUCCGGUAUGUGCAAAGCCGGUUUCGCCGGAGACGACGCGCCCCGCGCCGUUUUCCCAUCCAUCGUUGGUAGACCACGCCACCAGGGUGUCAUGGUUGGUAUGGGACAGAAGGAUUCCUAUGUAGGUGACGAAGCUCAAUCAAAGAGAGGUAUUCUCACGCUGAAAUACCCAAUUGAGCACGGAAUUGUCACCAACUGGGACGACAUGGAGAAGAUCUGGCAUCACACGUUCUACAACGAGCUGCGAGUGGCCCCUGAAGAACACCCAGUACUUCUCACCGAAGCUCCACUUAACCCUAAAGCUAACCGUGAAAAGAUGACACAAAUCAUGUUCGAAACAUUCAACACCCCUGCUAUGUACGUCGCUAUUCAGGCCGUACUUUCGCUGUACGCUUCCGGUCGUACCACUGGUAUCGUAUUGGACUCUGGUGACGGUGUUUCGCACACUGUACCAAUCUACGAAGGAUAUGCUCUCCCUCACGCUAUCCUCCGUCUGGAUUUGGCUGGCCGUGAUUUGACCGACUACCUCAUGAAGAUCCUUACCGAAAGAGGAUACUCCUUCACCACCACGGCCGAACGUGAAAUUGUUCGUGACAUCAAGGAGAAGCUCUGUUACGUCGCCCUCGACUUCGAACAGGAAAUGGCUACUGCUGCAUCCUCUUCUAGUUUGGAAAAGAGUUAUGAACUUCCUGACGGUCAAGUAAUUACAAUUGGUAACGAGAGAUUCCGUUGUCCUGAAGCUCUCUUCCAGCCAUCCUUCUUGGGUAUGGAAUCCUGCGGUAUCCAUGAAACUACAUACAACUCCAUCAUGAAGUGCGAUGUCGACAUCCGUAAAGACCUCUACGCUAAUACUGUUCUGUCUGGUGGUACUACCAUGUACCCUGGAAUUGCGGACAGAAUGCAGAAAGAAAUUACUUCCCUAGCACCAUCAACUAUGAAAAUCAAGAUCAUUGCGCCGCCUGAGAGGAAAUACUCCGUAUGGAUUGGUGGAUCGAUUCUUGCGUCUUUGUCUACCUUCCAGCAAAUGUGGAUCUCUAAACAAGAAUACGACGAGUCAGGACCAUCAAUCGUUCACAGGAAGUGCUUCUAAGCGCAUCUUUGAUAUUCCUCUUGCAUACUAUCAUUCCCUGAAUCCCGAGAGCGGCCUCUGUCUCGUUUUACAGGCGGACGUAACAUCAACUUCCGCGAUAAUUGUCUUUUGGUUGUAAUUUAAGAUACAGUAAUGCCUUUGCUCCAUUCAUUUUUCAUCAUUUAAUUUAGACACUACUGUAUCUUAAACAUACUUUCCGAAUUCCUAAAUACCUUUCCUAUCCUCUAUCAAAUCCUUUGUAUUAUAUAUUCAAGUAACAUUGCCUACGGUAACAUCUAGCUAACCACCCUCACGAAAAAAAAACAUCUUUCUUAUUACGAUAUUUCAUUAUACGAUCGAAAGUAAUUUGUUGUAAUAUCAAAUGUAUUUGUCGAUUCGACGUUCAUGAAUUUGAGCUGCAAAACAUUGCGUAAAUUAUAUCUUGGAAUAUCGUCGUUUGAUGCAGAAUAUUCUCGAUGCACGGAAGGUUCUUUAAUUCUUAUCCUCCGAUUAAAAUGCAUUCCGCUACUUCUUUGCUCCGCGAUAUUUAAGACUUUUGUGUCAGUCUUUUGAGAAUUCAUUCCUAGCGGAGAUAGGUUUUCAAUUUAUUAAUCAUAUUGUUUUUUUCUUUUUUACCGUUACCAAUCGUUGAGGGAAAAAGAUGGCUCUUUCCUUUUUUUUUUUUAAUAAUGGGGGAGACCGCUAACCCAGAAAAGUAUCCCACAAACGCUCGCUCAAACGAAUGAAAAGACACGGUUUCGACCCCGCAAGCGUAGCCAAAGUAUUAUAAUUUAUUCCCAUUGUAUUGUGCAAGACCAUUCACGUACACAUCUUAAAGACUACUUUAGACUUAUGGGAUUAUAAAAUAAAACUCUUAAAAACAUUA